AGUCUUUAAAUAUAAACCACCCAAAGUUGAAAAGAAGUUCCUGCUUCUCCUUGCCCUGGGACACUACAAAGAAGCUGCAUACAAGAGUGACUGAACCAGAUAAUAAUCACUAAUUGGUGAAACAGUUGUGAACAGCCUGUGUGAUCAGCAAAAACAAAUAAUCAGCGGGCCAUGGAUAGUAAGAGUAUAGCACAUGAGAAAGGUCCUGAAAGAACCAAGCUUGCCCCAAAGAAAGAUGUUUCUGCAUCACCUUCCAUCAAACCACUUACAGAAGGUUUUGCAGUACCUCUCCCAACAGACUUAGAAGAUAAUGAUCUUCCGACAUCUGAGAACAAGAUUGACAGAAAGCAGAAGGAGCUGAAGGAACAGUGUCAUGGAGAACAGGGCAAGGAGGCAGAAGAACAUACCUUGUACAAUCAAUAUGAGGAAAAGAUCCGACCCUGCAUUGAUCUCAUCGACAGUCUGAGAUCUCUUGGCAUAGAAAAAGACCUGUCUUUACCUGCCAUUGCAGUGAUCGGAGACCAGAGCUCUGGGAAAAGCUCUGUCCUAGAAGCUCUUUCUGGUGUUGCUCUUCCUCGGGGCAAUGGUAUUGUUACUCGAUGUCCCUUGGAACUGAAAUUGAAAAGAGGAGCUGCCUGCCAGGCAUGGAAAGGGAAAAUUUCCUACCACAACAUCAGCAAAGAGCUGCAGAAUGCCUCUGAGGUGGAUGGAGCAAUAAGAGCUGCCCAGGAUAUUGUGGCUGGUCCUGGAGGUGCCAUUAGUGGAGAAAUGAUUUCCCUAGAAAUCUGUUCCCCACAUGUCCCAGAUCUGACACUAAUUGAUCUUCCUGGAAUUGCCAGAGUGCCUGUGGGGAAUCAGCCAAAAGACAUCGGGCUACAGAUCAAAACGCUACUUAAAAAAACAAUAGGCUGCAAAGAGACACUGAAUUUGGUAGUGGUGCCAUGUAAUGUGGAUAUUGCAACAAUAGAAGCGUUGAAAAUGGCUCAAGAGGUGGACCCCAGUGGAGAAAGGACACUAGGGAUCCUCACAAAACCUGAUCUGGUGGACAAAGGAACAGAGGAGUCUGUCAUUAAAAUAAUGCAAAACCUGCUCAUCCCCCUGAAAAAAGGCUACAUGAUGGUGAAGUGUCGUGGGCAGCAGGACAUCUACGAUGAACUGGACUUGGCCUCUGCAAUUGAGAAGGAGAGAAUGUUCUUCAAGAGUCAUAAACAUUUCAGCUUUCUUUUGGAAGAAGGAAGGGCUACUAUCCCUUGUCUGGCAGAGAGGCUCACAAACGAACUCGUGAGACACAUUAUUAAAACUUUGCCAACACUAGAGAGCCAACUACGUGAGACACUCCAAAAGAUGUUACAGGAUCUACAAAGGUAUAAUAGAGGUGCACCCCCAACAGAUUCUGAGAAGCAUUAUUUCCUCACAGAUUUGAUCAAAUUCUUUAAUCAAGACAUUUCCAGGAUGGUACUUGGAGAGGAACAAGUGUUUGGAAAUGAAACCAGACUGUUCUCAAAAAUCCGCAAGGAGUUUCAGACAUGGGAAGUGAUUCUCCAAGAGUGUGCUGCAAGGGCUAAAGAAGCUACACCAAGUAAAAUGUGGAAAUACGAAGACCAGUAUCGUGGACGGGAGCUCACAUCCUUUUCCAACUACCAGACAUUUGAGGACAUCGUAAAAGAGCAAAUCAUAGAACUGGUGCAGCCAGCCCUUGAGAUACUGAACAAAGUGAUUGGAUUGAUUGAAGAGAAAUUUACAGAACUCACUAAAAAGCAUUUUGCUAAUUUUCCCAAUCUAAACAGGGCUGUCAAGAUCACAAUUGAAGACAUUAUACGGAAACAAACAGCAGAGACUGAAAGACAGAUUCGGACCCAGUUUAAAAUGGAGAGAAUUGUAUACUGCCAGGAUGGCCUUUACCUUCAGGAUUUAAACCUUCUUAGGGCAGAAAAGGCUGACAAAGUUGGCAUCGGGAAAGAGUUUCAGCUUGUACUCAAUUUGAGACAAGAGCCCUCCCUUGUCAACGACAUGGUUUGCCACACAACAGCCUAUUUCAAUGAGGCAAGCAGACGCCUCUUAAAUCAGAUACCCCUUAUCAUCCUGUCUUUUGGCCUUCACGACUUUGGGGAUAGGUUACAAGUUGCGAUGUUGCAUCUCUUGCAAGAAAAAGACAAGCGUUUAUAUGUAAGAUUGUGUUUCAGUACCAAAAGAGAAAACAAGACUACAAGAGUCAUUUCAUUCAAAAGAUUUAUCCUUCUUAACAAAAGUGACCUGGUAUGGCUUUUUGAUCCUCUGUAAUAUGAUUAUAAAUUAUUUUUCAACCCCUA